AAGCGGCAGCGCGAGCAGCACGGCAGGCUCAGGCAGAGGACCUGGAGAAAGUGGAUAUUGAGCAUGUGGAGAAAGUGCUGCCACAGCUGGUACUUGCAGGUGAUAGUUAUGGUGCUAGCUCUUUGUCAAAACUGGUGGAAUCAAAAUAG